ACUCGGGUGUUUCCGCCGGCGGCGGCCGCAGCGCUUCGGCACCGCUCGGCUCUUUCCGUUGCGGCGGGCUGCCGUCUUCGGCUCCGCGCUCGCCGGCCGCCCGUUCAGCCCUGCCCAUGUCGGACGUGCUGGCCGCCGCCGCCGGCUCCCGCUUCGAGCCCCCGGCCGCCGGGGUGCCGGGCGGCCGCGGCGGUCCCGCGCCUCAGGUCCCCUCAGAAAAUGAAAACUCAGCCCCAAAGACAGAGUCUGCAGAUCAGCUGGUUCAUUCUUUGGAGUACAGUACUUCGCAGAGCAGGUCACAGAUUGGGUCGUUUGUGAGUGUGGGUGCGACAGAGGAUUCGAAGGAAGAAGCUGGUGCUUUGGAGGACCAGGAAGUGGCUGAACUAGAAGAGAAGUUGCCUGACCCAAUCCAGUCCCUCAAAGAGGAAGCUGUUGUCCGGAUAACCAAUUACCAUGUACCUCAAGGAGCAGGGGAUAUAGUCAUGAUUCAGUCAGAUCACACUGGUGCUGUGGAUAUCCUUUCAGCUGAGCUAGAGACUGCAGACCUCCUUGGCGACCAGAGGAAAGCUCAGCCUCCCCCUCUGGCUCCACCCACCAUGUGGACCACUGAGAAGACGAAGGAAUUCAAAGCCAAGAUGGGAAAGGAGAAGAAUGGCCGGAUGGUGGUGAAACGAGGCGAGGUGGUGACAGUCCGCGUGCCAACCCAUCCUGAUGGGAAAUGCAUUUGCUGGGAGUUUGCUACAGAUGACUACGACAUUGGGUUUGGAGUCUAUUUUGACUGGACCACGGUUACUAGCACUGCCAUUACUGUUCAGGUCAGCGAAUCCAGUGAUGAGGAGGAUGAAGAGGAGGAGGAGGAAAUUGAAGGACUCGCCCCUGUUGGUGACGUGGAAAGGGGCUCCAAAAGCUAUCUGCGGAACCGCUACGGAGAGAUCAUGCCUGUAUAUCGGAGGAACAGCCAUCGGGAGGUGCAGGCAGGCAGCCAUGAGUACCCAGGCGAGGGCAUCUACCUGCUGAAAUUUGAUAACUCGUACUCUCUCCUCCGCAAUAAGACUCUGUUCUUGCAUGUCUAUUACACUAGCUGAAGAAACAGGCAGGGGCAGGGACGGCAGGCAGGUAAUGAUGAGUGUAGCAGGCUGCCACCCAGCCCUGGUACCACCUGAUGGGCACUGCUAUGUGACAGAACCAAGGCACAGUUCUGCCAGCUCCUCUUCAGACACUAACUAAUUUCUCCCCACACCCUCCUUCCCUGCUGUCCCAGUGGAGAAAGGUAGUUGUGACUGCCUGGUUGUCCACAGGCAGCUGCUCUUUCUAUAAAACUUUGAGAGGUCUGCUCCGUGCAGGCAUUGGGCUGGGCCUUCAUGUCACAGCCAGUAAAUGCCCGGAGGCGAGGUUCAAGCAGUUGUGGUUUCGAUCUGUUGCGCUGGUACGAAAUGAAGUGAAAAUAUUCUUGAGCUGUUAGUAUUUUGUGAAUAACUUUUCCAACUCUCCUGCUGCAUCACUAGAGGGCAGCUGUCAGCUGCAAUAAACCAAAAGCACAGCUGGCUUGUCACCUAGCCACUGAUAAUCUCGUCACCUACCACCCCUGCAUGUCACCAGCAGCCAGAGCUUCCUGCGCUCCCUUGUGUGGGUGAGGGCAUGGCUGGCCAGUGGCAGCCCCUGCCGCAGGGGCUAGGCCAUGCUACACCAGGCGGGCCCCAAACGGAACAGGGGAGGGGGGGUGCACACCUACAAAUCCGUAAGAAGGUUUUCCUACAGAUUAAGAAUUGGAUCUUAUACCUGUUGAUGGUAGGGAUAUGUAGAUGAUUAAAACUUCAGUGACCACCAAAAGUUUUUUUUUCUGUAAUCCAGAUGUGAAGCAGAAGAAAUUACUGCUGUGCUGCAUAAACACAAAAAAGGUUGGAGUACAACCAAUAAAUAUACAGGAAAUGUUUCUAAGUAGCAGCAUGUUGGUUCACUGGUAUUGUUGCCAGCUGGAUAAUACUACAUGUAGCAAGGAAAAGGUUCCCCAGAGAAGUGUAGCUUGUCGGCUGCUAUUGCUGUUGCAAAGGUAUUGUUAGAAAAGAACAUCUCUGCUCAGAAACUCGAAAGGUGUGGGAUUUAACCAAUCUUUUCUGUGAACCAGAAUCAGCGAGGCCAUUGCUAACCCUGACCACAUGGUAAAGGAUGGAGUUCCUUGGCAUGUUUUGGUAGCUAGCAAUGGGAUUAGUGAUCACCUUCUGCUCAAGUACUGGCAGAGCUGAACAAGGAUUAAGUUAAUCCUUCAGAGAUGAAUUUUAAAUCAUGUUUAUCUGUAUCUGUUGUUUAUUUUAAUACUUUCAACUUGAAACCAUUCUCUUUUCUAAGAAUACUGCUGUAUUUACAUUUUGAUACCUCUUUGCAGAGACACAAAAUAUUUGUUUGCAUGGUGAUUCUAGUAGAGUUCUGAGUUUUAUUUUUAAAUCCUCCAGGUAAAGCACCUCUGCUUGGUCUGUUCCUUCUAUUGAGAGGGAAUGACGAACAAAAUUAUUUUGGGGUAGUUAAAGCCAAAGAUUCCUCUCUUGUAGGAGGGCCGCAUAUUUCCUAUUAAGCCUAUAUUGUAAUGCUGUGCAAUUUGCUCCAUAUUCAAGCUCUUCUUUCAACCUAUAUCUGCUUACUUAUUCACUGCCCCAGAGCACUUAGUAGGUCAAAAUGGUGAGAGAGAGAGGGAGCGCAGUCGGUCUACAGGAGAGUGGAAAUGUGAAGAACACUGGUUGGAGCAUCGUGGCUUUCUGGGUGAGCAGGCAGGGAGCACAGUUGGUCAGGGUAAGGAGCAGAGUUGUUGCUGCUUUGGACCCUGAGAUGGGGAGAAAACAGCCGCCUUUCUCAAAAGAGCGAGAGUGUGUACUUGGGCAGUGGGGGAGCUGCAAAGCUGCCUUAUUCAAGCAGAGGCAACCACAGAACAAUCUUUCAGGGAGACAGAACAGUAGGGCUUGGUAUCUGUCAUUUAGCAGCUUGCGGAGGACUAUUCCUUCCUUUAGCCUCUCUUGGGGGGAGAUGAAGGACCAUCUUGUGGCCUUUGUACAGCACUUGAAUCAGGCCUGAGCAACUUGGGUAAAGUGCUUUUUUUUUUUUUUUUUUCAUCCUUUGUCUAUCAAUUUCCUAGACACUAAACAGAAGAAGAUAGAAAAUACCCUUCAGUCCAACCACAGUGUCAGCACUGCCCCACUCAAUGACUGCCUUUGGUCCUCUGCUGUGAGAUCCGUAGAACCCUGUGUGCACUUGCUGGUUAAUAUAUGAUACACUGGCACCCACCCCACUUUCUAAUUAGGAUUUAUUUACGAUGAAGGGAACUCUGACCUGUACAUAUAUUAGAUAUUCCAGAAUUACUGAGCCUCAGCUGCACAGCUUAUUGCAGGCUAGUGGGUUAUAUGCACUAAAAACCUCUUUCCCUUAUAGUGUGGCCUCCCUUUUGCUAACUUGCAGCUACUUCCCCCUCCUGUCUGUCUGUUGCUCAUAUUAAGGGUUGAAAUGUAUUUUGUCGUGUUGUAAGAAGUUAAUAAGGCCUGCCUCACAGCCAAUUUUGAUCACUCACUGACAAAUAGUAUGUGCCGGUUUUCAAGCCAUUAGUUAGUGCUUUUACUUAAGAUAAGUUGCACUGUAGGUGGUAAUCCUAUUGCUCAAUUCUAGCUUUCUGAAGUGUGGACUGACCUUUAAAAGGCUCAGGUCACUUGUUUGGAACUGUGCCCGUCUCCUAGUCUCAUUGACUUAAGCCCAACGGCAGCAUUGAAUAUGGUAUGUCAUCCCAAGCAGCAUGUGCCCAGUCUGCACAUGCAGUGUGCCCAUAGAUAGGCCUGCUGCAGUGGAACUGAAAGCAUUCGGUGUUAGUUCACUGCUCAAGUUUCCCAGAAGUAUCUGGUAUCUCUUAUGAACACAAGGUAGUUUUAGGCACAGAGUAUUUCAUCUGCAGGAAACAGAAGCUUCACAGUUGUACAGGAUAAUUCCUCUUUUUGUUUAUUUUUUUAAUUUCCACAUUACAUGAGUAUUUUGUUUCUCAGGUAUUCAGAUAGCAUUCAUUAUCCAAGACAACUUCUCUUUGGAAGGACAUAUAGUCUUUAAUUUUCUGAUAAAUCCAAUAACUUGGCUGUGUGGCUAGUGAUUAACAGCAGCCAUUCCCAUUUAAAAUCAAACCCAUAGUUGGUUUAAAGAAGUAAUCUUAUUUCUCAUGUGUCCUUUUUUUCAGUUUGGUGUAUCUCCUGGAUUUGUAUCCAAUCCUGCUAUGUGGCUGAGGCAGUGAUGGAAACCCUUACUAUUUUAACUGGAGACCUUUGGAACUAGACCUUCGGUCUGCAAAGAAAAAUUAAAAAGGCAGUUGCACUUCAGAGAGGGAAGUUAAUUCUCAAGAAAGGAAAAUUCCUUCUUUGUUUCUGUGGAAGGAAGAUUUCAGAUAGGUUUUUAAAAUGUGUUUCUUCUCCCUGUAAAUUGUGUAUAGAAAUUCAAAAAGCUAAAACAAGGAAGAAGCUUCUUUUGCAUGUUAGGUUUGCUUUUGUGAAAGCACAAAAUUAUUUUCCAUUUUGUUUUGAAUAUAAUUUAGAUAUAGAAAUAAGAUUUACAUGUUCAGUCAGAGAUAUAAGACAGUCCUGUAGGGCGAGACUUGUAUAAAAAUGAGCUUGUAUAAUUGUUUAGAAUAAUGGUAACAAUCUGUUGGGCAUUUAUUAUGUCAAAGAAGGUCAUAAGCUCUCCAUUGUUUUCUCUUUUUCCCUUUAGGUGUAAUGUAGCAGCAGGAGUUUAAAAUGUAUAUAUUUUACUGAGGACAGAGACUUAAAAUUGCUUAAAUCAGGCACCACUUGUACUGAUUUAGUUUACUCACAAACUCUUUGGAGGACUGUAAUAUGGAUUCUUGUGGAAGGUUAUUGGUGUCAGACAUAGGCUAGUUGCAAAUUAAUGCUUGGGACCCAUAUAAUAAUUACAUAGAUUAUUAUUGCUAAUGAGCUGUUUACAUGAACAGGUAAGAUGAAGAUGCACAAGAGAAAGAGCUUAGUUGUCUGACUUCAGGUGCUAAGAAGAACGUCAAGUUACUAUGCAACUGAGUCUAAAAGACAGCCACAUGCCUUUCUUUUUUGGCUCUACCCUGUGCGCUUGUCUCCUUGUAACUGUGUGUGUGCAUGUAACCUUCAUCUGUGGCCUGCAGUGGGUCAGUUAUUGUGGUGCUGGACCUGGUGAGGUGCAUUAGAGGGGCACCUUGUCCCAUGUCUAGUUGCUGAAAGACUUAUUCCAUCUUGUGGGAAAUUAGGGUAAAGAAUGAAUCCCUAAAUGAGUUCACUUUUAUCCCCACUGCUUAUACUGUUCCUUGUCUCACCCUACUAAAGCCACUCUACAGAGGAUUUAUCACAAGGUGCCUUAGGAACAAGGAGCAUGUUUGAAAUAAGAGCCAUAGAUGUCAUUAAUCCAAGGUAGUAGUUCUCCUUGUUUCUCUGCCCAUUUGGGUAGAGGGGAGGCACUUCCUAAGGUCAGGCAAGGAGAGCCCCUACAAGCUGUUCGUUAGACAGCCUUGUUGCUGUAAGAUGAGUAGUAGAAUGGUGUCUGAGUUUACUGGUGCCAUAAGAUCUUUGCCUUUUAAAAUCAUAUGCUGCUGUCAGAUAUUGAGGACCACCAGAGGACUACUCCUUUUGAUGUGCUGAUGCUAAACCUGAGGAACACUAGAGGGAUGUAGAAGUGCAUUCCUUGUGGCCAUUCAUCAUUUUUUCUAAAAAGAGUGUCUAAAUCCAGCAUUGUGAGUAGUGUGUGCUUAUGCAUAUUGAGGCUGGAUAAGAUACCAAAGCAACAAAGUUGUUUUUUUGAUCUACAAGUGUGAAAGAAAAGACUGUUUCUCCUUUUCUCAUAUCUGGGAAAAUAUUGGCUGUGAUAAUGUCAUGUAGAUAUAGCAGAACAUCUCAAUUGGUAGAAGGAAAAACUGGGAACCAAUCGUGUUAAAUACAUUGGCUAAUGAGACUGUGAAAGAAGCCAGUUUAGUGGGAGUCAAAGUGUUAAGUCAUUUAUCUAAAUAAGUUGGUUUGCAGUAAAUACGAACUAAUUAAAUUUUUGGAAGGUGCAUAAAACUGCAGAAUUCAAAUGCGUCUUUCCAGGAGGAGAAUUUUCUGUGGGGUUGUUCCACGUUUGCCUCCAAAGAGUCUCUGGCAACUUAUUCUGAAACACUGGUGCUGUUGCAGCUGAAGACACAACAUCAGGCCAGGUGGACGAUGGGUCUGACUCCCCUUGGCUUUUCUGCAUUCCGUUUUGGAUUUUACAUGUUGCUUUUUCAGAAGCUUCAUCACAAGAAAUGUACCCUUUAUUAGGCAGGAGAGAGGAAGAAUCAGUGAUCCAUCAGCGAGGGUUAUCUGGUUUAAGCCUAUCUGGUUUAAGCCCAUCUGGACUGGUGAGCCAAGUCCCUUGAGCAAGAAGCUGGAUGCCAACCAUUAAGCUCAGACCUAAGAAGGCUUUGCCAAGUAACGACCUUGAAGUUUAGGAGCUGCGUUUGGAAAUUAUAAAUAGCUGGAGAUGGUCUCCCUCCACCUCCAGGAUGCCCUGGUGACUAGCUGCUCUCCUCAGAGGGAAGCAGUCUGCUCUCAGCUCACUGCUCUAGGCUGCUAGUGUAGUUUUUCACCGGGGAGCAUCUUGUAGCUGGUCAUACCUUUUUCAGACCUAUGUUCUUGUGAACUGUGAUGGUUGUCUGUCAGUCCUUAUCUAUGUGAUGUGAAUAUUUUUGAUGUCCUGUGAUUUCAAAAUUGAGUUCUCAGCGCCAACCAUUUGCUUUUCACGUCCUCCCAAGAUACAAGUUUUAAAUAGAGGAGAGGAUAUUUUAAGAAAAUGUGGCACUGAACCUCUUCCUGAAGGACACAUAUGAAGACUAUUUAUAGUGUGCUUGCAUUCCUUCUGCGCUUGGUUUGUAUUGUUUAUAUUUGAUGUGUUGUGGCUGAUUUGUAAUAGUAUAUUGGAACUUAUUCCCUUUAAAUAAACUUUUCACUAUGCAA